ACACUGCAUAUGCAUUUCCUGUAGUUUUCUAGUCAAACGUUUUAACCGGCUAUUCGUACCCAUUCGCUAUUCAGUAACGAUCAACGAUGUUGGCUCCAGCGUUGUCAAUUCUUAUUCUAUUCCUUUCUUCAGUCUGUGGGACUGGCCUAGAGUCUAUCCCCUUUAGGUUUUACGAAGAGCUCGGCAAUGGAAACGGCACGUCCGUGCAAUGUGGCAACGACGUCAAAUCCUUAUUAGAUGGAUUGAAAAAUCUGGACAGAUGGGCUUUAGAAAUGGCCGAUUCGACAGCGAAAAUACCAUCAGGAAUACUGAGGGGAAACCUUAACCAGUUCGGAGACUUUGACGAGUGUUUAGGUGUCAACGGCAAUAAUUUAAUCGGGCAAUACUGUCUGGUUGCCAUUCAACUGAAACAGAAUCCAUUCGAUAACGAUAUUCACGCUUAUCAUCAAGUGAAAAACAAUUUGACCGAUCUUGGCCACCGUUUACCGAAAUUCUCUACAAUCUAUUGGGGCGUAUGCGUGCCGUCUUCUUGCAAACCCAGCGACAUCGCCUCUGCGGUGGAAGCAGCAACUUUUGGAGUGCAUGAUUUGGAAGUGCUCGUCGAAAAUGACAUGUGCCGGGUGAAGCGAACAGAAUCCAAACCGUCGAAUCAAUUCGAUUGGGUGAGAUCCGUGCUGGCAUUUCUCAUCAUGAUAUCGUUCAUGGUGGGUCAAGGAGCGCUGACCUGUUCUGAAGAAAUUGAUCCCGAUUUGGAGCGAAGGGCUCAUUUGGCAUUGAGAAUAGCGCGAGUCGUGAGGAACUCGUUUUCACCUCUUAAAAACUUGAGAGCUCUCAUUACUCCUCCGUCCAAGAAUAGUUUCAAGAGCUUAGAUGGCGUCAGAGCUCUCAACAUGAUAGCCCUGCUAAUUUGCCAUAUGUUUAUGGCUAAAAUGUUUUUGCCUUAUCUGAACAAAACUGAAAUGUCCAAGAACAUGUCGAAACCUUGGUUAAUCAUUGGCAGGAUAGCCUAUCUUUACACCGACUCCUUUUUAAUUAUAAGUGGCUUAUUGGCGGCUAAUACUCUAUGUCGGUCGUCUCCAAUAAAGAGUAUUAUUUCGCGUUAUGUGCGACUGACUGCAACUUUAGGAAUUGUAAUGCUGAUUUGCUCAAAAUAUUUACCAGACAUGAAUGACGGUCCUAUGUGGAACAUGGUCGUUACAAGGCAUGCAGAAUUGUGUUACAAAAGCUGGUGGAGGAAUCUACUGUACAUUCAAAAUUGGUUUGGAUUUGAAAAUAUGUGUCUGACGCACACUCAUCAGUUGGCUAUAGAUUUUCAACUGUAUCUGCUGGCAAUCCCACUGGUGUACUUAUUACGCAAAAGCAAAACUGUGGCUACGGCUAUUAUUGCAAGUUGUAUGGCGCUGUCGACAAUACUGCGUUACCAGGCUGUCAAAACCAACAACUUGGCCACGGUCGUAUACUUUGGAUCUAACGUUUCACAAUUGAACCGAACGUUCGACUUGACCUACACUUUGCCCACUCACCGCGCCACCGUAUACUUGAUGGGUUUGCUGGUCGGUUACUGGAUGCAUCAACGGGGCCGGCUUAAUCUCAACAAAUCGCAAGUGCGUACGGCGUGGCUGGUGGCAAUCGCCUGUGGUAUGUUGGCCGCUUUUGGGCCAUACCGAUUGACUGAUAAGGAUUACUUGUAUAACUCAACGCACUUGGCUCUGUUUAACGCGGCCGCUCCGAUACUGUGGUCCGUUUUCGUUCUAUGGACAAUUGUAGCGACUGAUAACAAAUCUGCCGGUUGGUUCGGUGCUCUACUCUGUUGGAGACCGUUCGUGACGUUAUCAAAAAUUUCCUACGCUGUCUACUUGAUUCAAUAUCCGGUGUUCUUUUAUUUUGUCGGUUCUGCGAGAGGUGCUUCGUUGAACAGCAUCACAGCGAUGUUCGACGUGGGACAGAUGCUGUUGGUGGGAGCUUUAUCUGUUGUGUUAACGUUAGCGGUGGACAUGCCGUUUCAAAAAAUUGGUAAAUACGUGUCGGACGGACAUUACGAAAAAAUCAAAUUGUACUGAUAGUAAUUUAUUACUGAUAGUUAUUUACGACCAUUUAAUUUAUUAUUGUAAUUCAAAUACCAUAUUCAUGCAUAAACAGUUAUUUAAGUCAA